GAAGCAACAAAAACCUAGAAACAGAACCCGUAGCCCGUGCUGCAACGCUGCGUCGUUGACUGGUUCUCGCUGCAAUUCGCCGUCACGCACUCUCCGACCGUCUGGUUGCUUCUGGGACUUGUCAUUGCUUGGUUCUUCUAGUCGCACUCUACGCGUCGCUGCAACUUGUUUGAACCCUAAUCCUUGUUGCAUGGAGGAUUCAGAGCAAAGGAAGAAAAGGCUGAAAGAAAUGCGCUCGCAGGCUGAUCAAGCUGAAGUUUCUGGUGGUGUUGAAGGUUCUGGGGUGCCUGGUAUUCUCUCAAAUCCCCUGAUUGAAGCUCCUUCCACUACGCCAUCACGGGAUAAAUCAUAUGCUGCUCCAAGAUUUGACUAUUAUACAGAUCCAAUGAGUGCAUUCUCUUCUAACAAAAGGAGCAAUGCCAAUAUCCAGGCUGCACAGGAAUAUUUCCCACCUCCAAAUUUUGGUGGUUCUCCUAUGGCGCAAUUUUCAUCACCACAUCCAGGAUCAACAAAUCCACAGAUGACUCCCUCUCCCACUCAAAUAUCGCCAGCAGCCUAUAGAAAUCCAGUCUGGAAUGGACCUAGAAGCCCUGCUCAAUAUAACUUUCCAUUCCGUCCAUCAAGUGGGGGUAUAUAUUCAAGUCCUAGAUUUGAACCAUCAGGUCGUCCUUUAUAUAACUCUGGACAGGGCAUAAUUCACCGACCCAACCACAGUCUAAAUCCUUCUCCAGGCUACGGGAACCGCCCUAGCCCUAGUCGAGGGCGGGGCAGGGGGUUCUGGCACAACACCAGAAGCCCUGUUUCAGGACGGGGUAGUGGACGGGGACCGAGUUCUCAUGGUCAUUGGUCCAAUGAGGACAGAGCUUGUGGUCCAGAUCGUUUUUGCAAGAGGUCCAUGGUUGAAGAUCCGUGGAAGCUUUUGCAACCUGUAAUAUGGAAGGCAACGGAUGCUUAUUCAAAUACUUCACAUACACCUGAGAAUUUAAAACCCUGGACUUCAAGGUCAACAAAUACAAAAUGGGGAGAAUCAUCAACUGCUUCUGCCAAGUCCAAUUCUGAACCAAGCCUUGCUGAGUACUUGGCUGCUGCAUUCAAUGAAGCUGCCAAGGAUGCAGAAAAUGUUUGAUGGCUGCUGGAAGGGCCCAUCAUGAUGUUACUAAGGAAAAAGAAUGUCCAACCAGUUAAAAAACUGCAAGUUUAAAUUACAAGUCAUUUCAUGGAUGAAUGCCAAGGCUCAGCUGUGUUAGUGUUAGUGUUAGUGUUAGUGUAUGUUCUAUACACCAAACAUCCUGAGAAGUUUUUAGGAAUGUGUUCGGGUUACCUCGCAUGUGCCAAUUAGUUGACCUCACAGUAAAUUUACUCGUGCGGUCACAAUUUCCAUGCAUGCUCUGGCUAGAAACCGUCAAACCGCGGAACGACAUUUUGAGUGCAGUUAUGGUGAAUUCAAGUUUACAUGUUUUGUCAUUGCUGAACUAGAGAGACUGACUGAAAUCAUUUAAUGGGCUAUUAGGUUCGGAUUAGGCUGGGAAAACUGAAUGACUUUAUAUAUGUUGUAAAAUAUAAUUUUUGGAAUUACACUAUUUUACUAGAACAUCUCAUUUAUGCCUUUACUUGACAUUAUAGA